AUGUCUGAUCAAGUGAGUGCUUCAAGUUACAACUCCAUCGAAAUCUUGACUGGAUCAAACUAUCUGAAGUGGAAAGAAGAGUUGGAAAUUUCACUAGGGCUAAUGGACUAUGACAUUGCUCUAAAAUGGGAUGCGCUUGAGGAACUUGCUGCAAAUGCGACUACAGAUGUCAAAAUGAGAUAUGAAAAAUGA